AUGAGCCAGCCGCACUGCGAGACGCCUCCAACCUCGACCGGGUCGGCAAAGAACAAGCAGAACCACCGCGAGCUGUGGCCGUACGGCAACUACCGCAGCUACUACUCGUUCCGGCCGGGCUCCACCGGCGCACCCGCGGUCACGGCCGACGCCCCCAACUCGCUCGACGGUCGCCUCUCGCUCCUCGACCCAGCCCUCUUUCGCGGCCGCACCCUCCUCGACAUCGGCACCAACAGCGGCAAGAUUGCCCUCGACGCCCUCGAAUGCCUCGGCGCAGCCCGUGUCGUCGGCGUCGACAUCGACCCGCUCCUCAUCGACGACUGCUGGGCGGCCGCCGCCGCGCGAGGGCUCAAGGACGGCGACCCGCGCGUCGACUUUCUGCAGGGCAACAUCAUGCUCGACGGCUGGUUCGAGCGCUUCCAGGUCGAGAUGCGCACUCGGGCGGCGAGCGCGUCGAGCGGCAGCGGCGCACCGCCGAUCAAGGACGAGCGCCCUGUCGCCGAGCCGGCCGCCGACGAGUCGCCAGCUAUCGAGCCACCAGCGGCAGCCCGGUUCGACGUCGUCACGCUCUUCUCGAUCACCAAGUGGCUGCACCUGCAUCACGGCGACGAGGGCAUGCUGCGCCUGUUCGGCUCGCUGUACACGUUCCUCCCGGUCGGCGGCAUCGUCAUCAUCGAGCCGCAAGAGUGGGACAACUACAAGCGCGCCGUCAAGCGCAACAAGGACCUGCGCGACGUCUUCAAGCGCAUCGAGCUGCGGCCGCCGUUCGAGCGCGAGAUGGAGGCCGCCGGCUUCGUGCUCGAGAAGCACAUCGAGCGGGAGGAAGGUGGGUUCAGCAGGCCGCUGCUCGUGUGGCGCAAGGAGCGAUGA